GUCUGAAGUCCCGAGGUUCUAAAUGCUGUGCAAGUUUCAGAUGCCGGGCACAGCAAGACAUGAGCGCGACAUGGUUGUCCAAGCUAAAAAACACCUCUUGGAAGCCACGGACCCCAUUGAAAAGCUGCGAUUGUUAUGUUUAGCGAGGGGGUCAGCUGGAUUAAAGGGACUUGGAAAAGUAUUCCGAAUGAUGGAUGUCAAGAACAGCAGAACCCUUGAUUUCAAAGAAUUUAUGAGGGGAUUAAAUGUGUACGCGAUCACACUUGACAAGGAAGAAGCACAAAAGGUUUUCCAUAUAUUUGAUAAAAAUGGCAGUGGAACAAUUGACUUCGAUGAAUUUCUUGUUACACUGAGACCUCCCAUGUCGAAUGCAAGGAAAGAAAUAAUAAUGCAAGCAUUUCAGAAAUUAGAUAAGACCAGAGAUGGUGUCAUAACAGUCGAAGACUUACGGGAGGUAUACAAUCCAAAACACCAUCCCAAAUAUUUAAAUGGAGACUGGACAGAAGAACAAGUUUUUAGAGCCUUUCUGGAUAAUUUUGAUUCACCCUAUGACAAAGAUGGGAAGAUCACAACAGAAGAAUUCAUGAACUACUAUGCAGGAGUCAGCGCUUCAAUUGAUUCAGAUAUCUACUUUAUCGUCAUGAUGAAGACUGCUUGGAAACUCUGAUAAUGUGGUUAAAGAAGCAAAACUUUACUUCCACCUUCUGUAAGUUUCUUUGAUUAAGUGUAUGCACAACAACACCCUCAUGUUCCAUAACAACAGUUUCCAGUAACUAAGCCAAUUACAGUCAAUCUGCAGAAUUAAUUCCCAGAUGCUUCAGUAGGCUCAGCUUCAGGGGAUUGGAGAAUAAUCAGAGAGCAGAUCUGGCAUCCAGCCACCCUGCACAUCUGUCCCUUUUUUCCCUACAUCCUGGCAUGUAUUUUCUUUUCUCAGAUGAGCUGCUCCUUUCUUUCCAGACAUCUGCAGUAGGUCGCUGUGGCUCCUGAACAUAUCCCCUCCUCCAGUGUUAGGUACAGCUCUGUUCGACAAGAGAAGAAAACCAAAGUAUUCUGGAAGUGUGGUGGUCUUGCAGGAAAAAUCCUUGCUUCCAGUUUAAGAAAAUGGCAAAAAUACCUGCUGGACAAGGAAGAUUACAGCAAGAAGUUCUUUAUUGCAGCGCUGGGUGCAAUCCUAAGUCACAUGGGCCUGGAAAGCACACUGCCAUUUAAAAAACGCACCUUUUUGUAUUCUCUUGGUUACAUAAGCUGUUACAUAUUCAGUAGAUGUCAGGUAUUUUAUCUUAAAAGGUAAUUUUU